UUCAGUGUCGGUUGUUUAUCUUGACUUCUGUCUGCAAUAAAUCAGCAUGCUACAUAGACAUGUGGAUGGGUCUCAUGUAUCCAGCCGGUUGGCAUGUCUAUUUAUAGUCUAACUGGAAUAGAAGUCGCAAGACUUCGAACAGAGCAAGGCAUGAUCUGGGAAUGGACAUGGUACACCGUUCACUGACUCUCUUUGUGAAGAAGAGGACACUGGAAUACAUUUAGACUGGAAGGUCCUUAGACAAUCAAGAUGCCUGCAAACCAGACUCGAUCCAGGGCGAGGGAGCGUAACAACGUGCUGAACAGACCCGAGUUUUUGUCUUUAAAUCAACCUUUGAAGAACAGGAACGCUGAAGCGCGGGGCACAACACGGAGGCCGUCGCAGAGACAGCAGCAAAGUCAGUUUCAACCGACCGAAACUGCGGAGCACGAGUCAGUCGAGAAUAAUAAAGAAAGGAAGGAAUUACCAGAAGAAGACUGCAUGCAGCUUAACCCAUCGUUCAAAGGAAUUGCCAUGAACUCUCUUCUGGCCAUAGAUAUCUGCAUGUCCAAGAGGCUCGGUGUAUGCGCUUACACGACAUCGUCGUGGGGAAGCGUGCGCUCCAUGGUCAAGCUGCUCGCGCUCACUGGUCAUGGCAUCCUGUGGAUGAUCGGCACUAUUGUGUGUCUUUAUAGAAGCAACACAUUGGCAGGUCAAGAGGUUUUGGUCAAUUUGUUGCUAGCUCUCUUUUUGGAUGUGAUGACUGUAGCAGGCAUGCAGAAGUUGGUGAAGCGUAAAGGGCCCUGGGAAAUGGCACCUGGUUUCCUCGACUACCUGGCCAUGGACAUCUAUUCUUUUCCAGCAGCCCAUGCAAGCCGGGCAGCCAUGGUAUCUAAAUUCCUGCUAGCACAUUUGGUGCUUGCAGUUCCUCUGCGUAUUUUGCUUGUGUUGUGGGCUGUUCUAGUUGGCAUGUCCCGCGUGUUGCUGGGUCGCCACCAUCUGACAGAUGUUGGUUGUGGCUUUGCCUUGGGAUUCCUCCAUUACAGUUUAGUGGAGAUGGUGUGGUUGUCCUCCAGCACUUGCCAGACUCUGAUCUCCAUAGGAACAUUCAAUUGGAGCCCCCUCUACUGAUCUUUGCAUGUCAUCUAAAGGAUUUCAAAUGCUUCUAAAUCUUUCGACUGUUCAAGUUAAGUAUCCUCCACCUAUAUUAAAAACUAUACAAACAUGUACUUUUUUCAAACAUUUUCCUAAGCAGCACAUGUCAAUAAGCCUGAUUUUAUUUUUCCAUUUCUGCCAAAGUUUUGAAAUAAAGUUUUGGAAAAGCAUCAGGUGCACAUUUUGCCCUUGCUUGAAGAGAAGAGCCUAUGUGAUUUAUAGUUAGCUGAUGGAUUUUAUUGAUCACAGUAAAAGAGCGAAAAAUUUGCUCAGGGACUUUCUCAAACUGCAUAAUGAGUUAUGCCAGGUUUCUAUUUUCUUGAAAUUAUAUGUCAUUUUUGGAAUAUUUACCAUGUAUUUGAAGAAAUGUUGUAAAUGAAAUCAUCAUGGACUAUUUUAGAAGACCUUAUGGACAAUUUGACACUUUUUGAAUUGUAACUUGUCUAAUGGAGUUUAAAUUCAGUUAUACGUAUGAACAUCUCAUUAUACUCUGAAUGUAGCACAUGUAUACUAAUAAAUUACUUAAGUAUUCAUACUGAGCAUUUCAUGAAUUUGUUUUUCCACUUUUACCAAAAAGUGGUUUGUAUAAAAUGACAUGUUUAAUUCCAAUGUCUGCAAGCGCCAUGUGCAAUUUUGUAAGAUUCCCACAGCAGUGUUAUUUGCAGUGUGGGCUUCCUUAAACAAAUGAAUUCUGUAAAUGAGUUUGAUGCAUAAUUACGGGAAAAAUAAAUAGUCUUGUAUAGCUGUACAGACUGUCAAAAACUGCAUAAACUUUUACAAAAUCAAAGUAGUUGUAAGUAUUUUUUAUUGGUUUUAUUGACUAAUGUUAAUAAAAUCAGUAUUUAUUGUUUUUAAGUAACCUUAAGGCAUACUAUGUAUAGGUGUGUAUGCAAGUGUGAGAUAUCACUGAGCGUCGUAACGUUUACUUGGAUUUUUCACAUCACAAAAAUGUUGAGAUGCUUGAGGAUCAAGAGAAUGGUGGUAAAUGAAUUAGAUCUGAAAAAUUAAGAAAAUCAAAUCACAAAUGUGUCCUCUAUGGAAAC